UUUUUCUUUCGAGCCUGUCCCCCUUGUCACGGACGCAGACCCUUAGAUAAUACCGUGACACUGAGGAAGUCUGAUCCUUGAAAUUGUUGUCUUUUGAAAUCCUUCUGUAAUUAGUGGUGGAGAACGAACAUGAAUAAUGAUCCCCGAAAUGGGCAGAGUGACUCCAAGAAUCAGCAUGGGGACCACACAAAGACCCCCAAAACGGGCAGAGUGAAUCCAAAAUGAGCACGGGGACUCCAAAAUCAGCACAAGGAUUCACAAAAUGGGCACUGGGUCUCCCAAAUCCCCACCUGUAAUUCCAAAAAAUGACCCACAAAAUGGUCAUUCUGACCCCAAAAUGUUCACAAGGACCCCAAAAAUCGGCACGGGGACGCAACAAAGACCCCAAAAAUGGGCAGUGGGACCCUAGAGUGAGCACGGGGACCCCACAAGGAACCCCAAGAUGGGCAUCGGGACCUCAAAAUCCCCAACUGUGCCCGCAAAUAUGACUCCAGAAAUUUAAGCACUUGGACCCCAGAAUGGGAGCGGGACACCAAAUAUCCCCACCUGCCCCCCAAACAUGACUCAAAAAAGGGUCAUAUGGACCCCAAAAUGAGCUCAGGAAUUCCCCAAAGACCCCCCAAAAUGGACAGAGCAACCCCAAAAUGAGCUCAGAGGCCCCAACAAUGGCACAUGGACCCCAAAAAUGGGCCUCAGGACCCCAAAAUCCACAGCUGCACCCCCCAAAAUGACCCCCAAAACAGUCACAAUGACCCCCAAAUGAGCACGGGGACCCCAAAAUCAGCACCAGGGACACAUAAAAUGGGCAUCGGGCCCCCCAGAUCCCCAACUGUACCCCCGGAAACUGACCUUAAAAAUUGGCACAACUGGAACCCCGGGCCCAAAAACUGGACCCCUUUAGCAAAAGGACACACCCCUUCAGCAAAAAGACCAACCCCAAGGCCAAAGAGGAGGAUCCCUUCAGCAAGCAGCGUAACACCAGGGCCCAAAGGGUGCACCCCUUUCAGAAAAUCCUAACCCCAAGGCCCAAAUGUGUCACCUUCGUGUGACAGAGGAACCUUUCACACGUGCAGGAUUUCCUCCUGCUCUUCCUGCUUGGCACAGGGGAUCCCGAAUCACAGGAUUUUGUUGUGCCUGAGUCCGGCCUGCAGUCAGGGCUCAGUCCUUCCCUUCCUCUCCCCCUCUCAUCAGUAACAUGAUCCUGAUCACUCACUGGGGAGACCAAUAAUUGCACAUCCGCUUCUUCAUCUUCUGCUUUCCAACGCUUUGUUCCAACACCACAAGCCGAACAACAUCGCGGCACUGAUCUUUGAUCUUCAAGGACCCUCCCUCCCAACCCACGCCGUCCGUCCCAUGGGACUGUGAUCGCAACGCUGCCUGCAGAGUGCUUGGGGCACGGCCCCUCCAAGUGCCACGGCUGCUGCCUGUGCCAGUGCCUGGCCCCAGCCCCGGGAUGGUGGUGGCCACGUCCCAGCGGGCAGAGGUGACCCUGCCCCUGCAGUGUCACUGUGACACGGCCGCCCCAGUGGGAGUCGCGAGGGGCUGGUGGGGCCGAAGGAGGGGGUCCCAACAGUGGGAGUGGCGGCGGUGUCAUCCAGGAGGUGCUGGUGAUGUCACAGGGACGUGCUGACCUCACAGAGGCCCCGGGGUGGGGCAGGUGCUGUCUGUGUGCGGGGAACCUGACGGCCCCAUUCUGCGGUUGGCAGAGGUCUGGUGAGGAGCUGUGCGAGUGGCAGAGAAAUGCAGACCCAGUUGGCCAGCGGCAGAGAAAUGCAGACCCAGUUGGCCAGCAGCAGAGAAAUGCGGGCCCAGCUGGCCAGCGGCAGUAUCUUGAAUCUGCAGCGGGUGAAGGUGCUGGAGGCGCUGUGGCAGGCGCAUGAGCAGAAGGUCGAGGAAAGACAGAGAAUGGAGAGGGAAUUGUGGAUGCAGGACACCCUGCAAAAAACGCAAGAAAGAGAGGCCGCCUACCGUCAGGAGCUGGAUCAGGAGAAGCGGUGGGAGGCCCAGGUGGAACAGCAUCUGUGGGAGUGCGCAGAGCAGACCAAGGUGCUGCGCCAGACAAUACAGAGCCUGCGAGAGGAGCAGGAGGAGCAGCUUUUGGAAAGUGCCUGGCAGCAGCAGCAUCAGAUGGAGCUGGAGGCACCCCGCGUGCCUGGGACUGUGCUGCCGGAGCUGGUGGAGGCACAGCUGGAGAAGAAGGAGCGGGCGAGGAGACGUGGGCUCGCUUUCUGGAUGCAGACGAUCUGCCUCGUUGUCGUCUGCCUGAUGCUGAUCACUGAGUUUGUGCUGGGCGCUGCUGUGCUGUAUGCCCGGAGCUAUGACCCAGAGCUGUUCUACAGGCUGCUGCCACGGGUGCUGCCCCAGCCAACCUAUGAUCAGCUGGCGUACUUUGCCAGCAGGACCCUGCCUGUGGACACCACAAGGCUGCUGCCCUUGUGACCAUCCCGCUCAGUAACCCUCUCCGCUCGAGGGUGUGUGGUGGGAUGCGGGGAGAGCGUCUCUUCCUAUGGAAGGGGCCUCUCCUGUGCUCCUGCCCCCAGGGGCUCACAGGCACAGCUGCAGGGCAGUGCUGGCAGGCGGCUGAGUGCCACGUGGCCUCUCUCUCACGGCCGAAAUCAACAUGAGAAUACCAACGUCACUUUGUGGACAAUUUUGAAAGCAUUACUUUGUGGCCGUUUGCCUUCAAAAUGGAGUGCUCAGGAGCGUUAACUGGCUGAAGAUUUGGCCCGGGAGCAAAUAACUCCAGCUUGAUACGGAAGACUGGGAGAUGAUACCAUUGUAUCCUGCGAAGACGGCAUACAAGUUAGCGUCUCCCUGCUUCCUCCUAUCGGCGGACUUAAAUUUGCAAGGCCUGGAAGAUGGGAACAAAGGAGUUCCUGCUGAGACCCCAAAGCCAGAAGCUGUCGCUCCAAAAAGAGCUGAGUCCACCACUUAGGACUUACAAAUAAGUUUGUCCUGUCGUUGUGAGUCAUUGUCAACUGAACAACGCAACCUCCGACGACCCACCACUACUGAAGAUCCGCACCUGACACCAGGACAUUGCUGGAUCUAGGAGCGUGGACCGCUUUCCUUUGCUAUCUGUGUGUCUCUCUUUCCCCGUGUUCUAUCUUUUCUCUUUCUCUUCUUUUAUUCUUUUAGUCUUCGUAGUAGCCGUUGCCUAAAAUUGUUUACCUGUAACGCUUAUUAAUCGUAAUUAGCCCAUUAGCCAGUUUUACCUCCAAGUGGUUGUUGUUAGUUGUUAAGAAAGCUCUCAAUAAAUGGAUGCGUAUUAUUCCUCUGAGUGUCGGAUGACUCCUUUGCGGUAGCGACUCCUUGCUGACCAGGGGAGGCGUGACUCGGGAGGUGGAAAGAGAUUCACCCCCACAAAACGCACGGAGUGGGACGAGACACACACACACACACACACACAUAUAUAUGUAUACUUAGUAAAAUAUUUUAAAAAGAGGCUACAAGCCCUACAACGAGGGGGACAUUGGACCUCAUUUUUGUGAAACUAAUGCAUCAGCGUCUGGUGCAACGGCCGGGGUUGCAAUUCUUGGUGAUUUCUGACGGUGACGGUCAGAGAUUUUGGGCUGAGUUUCGCUCCUCCUGUGCUUUAGCCUUGAAAGCAGUUGCUCACAACUGGACAUAGUGCCAGAAGUCUGUGACGUGAAUAAGGUGUGGAAAGAAGGAAGAGAAGGUGGGAUGAGCAGUAUCCCUCUGCGGACAGACAUUGGCUGCCGUGUCUGCCCAGUUCCCUUGUCCUUCUGCUUGGCGGAGCCUGUCGAUGAAGGCUGCAGCAAAGAAGAUAAAGUGUCCCUGAUAUGGAGCCCUAGAGAGGGAGAGAGGAAAAGCAACAAGGAGCUGGAAAACAGAAGAAAUGAAAGCAAAAAGCCUAGGCCCAAGGCCAAAAGCGUGUACCGCUUUUGCAAAAAGCCUAACCCCAAGGCACACAGGGUGCGCCCCUUUAGCAAAAACCCGAACCCAAAGGCCAAAAGUGUGCACCCCUAUAGCAAAAGCCUAACUCCAAGGCCAAAAGGGUGAAGCCCAUAAGCAAAAGGGUGCACCCCAAGGCCAAAAGGUUUCACCCCACUGGCAAAAAGCCUAUCCCCGAUGCCAAAAGGGUGCACUUCUUAAGGAAAAAGACUGAACCCAAUGCCAUAAGGGUGCACCUCAUUUGCAAAAGCCUGAACCCAAUGCUAUGAGGGUACACCCUUUCAGGAAUAAGGCCAACCCCAAGGCCAAAAAGGAGGACCCCUUUAGCAAACAGCACAACCCCAAGGCCAAAAGGGAGCACCCCUUGAACAAAAUCCUAACCCCGAGGCCUGUGUCUGUGGCUUUGGCUGUGGCUUUAGGCCCUGGGGCUGGUUCCAG